GGAAUAAUUUUCAGUACUGUUGAGAGUCUAGAACCUUCCUCUACCUCCCCAUUUAAUCCCUCUUCUACCAUUUCAAAUUUCGAUAACCAGGAAGCUUUUCCUCUUCUUAUCAGUCAAGAAUUCGUCACUCCCCUUUUCAUCCAUUAAAGCCCACCUGCAGCUUCGUUUCUCACACAUAAAUAUCUCCCCCACCCUCUCUCUAUCUCUGUUUCUGUUUCUUUUUUUAGAGUUUAUCUAUCUUAUCGGCAAGAUUUCUUCGCUUCUUGUUUCUUGUUUCCGUAAAAAUUGAAAUUCCUGCGUCCUUCUCUCUCUCUCUUGCUCUUCGUCUCUGGUAGAAACCAGAUGUUUUUUCAGCUAUAUAGUUGGGUUCCUGUUUUAUAUCUUCAUACCCGAAAGACACUUGUGGGGAAUCUUUAAUUCUUUGCGCCCGUUCUGUUGCCUCUUUUGGAUUUAGAUCAAUUUUUCCUUUCUUUAACGCGCUGUUCUGUGUCAUUCCCUUUCCCCGAUUGUGCAAAAACUGUUGUAUUGCUGCUCUUCUGGUUAUCAUUUUUGCGGGUGAUCAUGAACACAUACGGCACCGCAGUGAAGGAGGAGAAUAAUGAAGAGGCCGCAUUUUCUUCCUCUUGUGAACCCUACGUCUACCCUCCUCUGCCAUUGCAGGGUCUCCAUGAUCCCACUCCACCUCCUUUUCUGAGUAAGACUUAUGACAUGGUGGACGACCCUAGCACGGACGAGUUGCUCUCUUGGUCCUCGACAGGAAGCAGCUUUGUCGUUUGGGACACUCACAGAUUUUCCACGGAGUUGCUGCCCAGAUUCUUCAAGCAUAAUAACUUUUCUAGCUUUGUUAGGCAGCUCAAUACAUAUGGUUUCAGGAAGGUUGACCCAGACAGGUGGGAGUUCGCAAACGAAGGGUUUGUUAGAGGGCAGAAGCACCUACUCAUCAAUAUAAAGAGGAGGAAGCCACCUUCCCAGAUAGUUCAGCAGCAAGCAGUUGGGGCAUGCGUUGAAGUUGGUCAUUUUGGUUUGGAAGGAGAAAUAGACAGGCUGAAGAGAGACAGGACUGUGUUGAUGGCAGAGCUGGUGAAGCUGAGGCAGCAACAGCAGAGCACGAGGGACUAUCUUCGAGCGAUGGAAGAGAGGAUUCAAGGAACAGAGCAAAAGCAACAGCAGAUGAUGACAUUCUUGGCAAGAGCCAUGCAGAACCCCACGUUUGUGAUGCAGAUGCUGCAGCAGAAUGGGAAGAGAAUGGAACUUGAAGAAGCUAUUAGCAAGAAGAGAAGGCGACCUAUUGUAGGAAGACCAGACGAAGAAGAUGUGAGGGAAUUGAAUAAUAUGAUUGAAGGUCUUGAAGCGCAGGAAGGAGUUAAUGUGGGGAUGGUGUCCGAUGAUAUCGAAGAUCAGUAUGAGCUUGACUUAUCUGAGCUAGAGAGACUUGAAACAGAACUGAAGGGGGAGAUCACGGGGGACAUAGAUGAGGAUGAGGAAGGGGGUGCUGAAGAUGAGAGCUCAGGCUUUGAGUUUUUUGAGGAGCUGUGGGGUGAGAAUGUGAGAGAAGAGCAAUCUAUCGUCAAUGGCGUGAGAAGCAACGAUGCAGAUGUUAGAUUGCUAACGGAGAAGCUGGGCUUCCUGGGUUCCAGCCCCAAGUGACAACGAUAAUGGAAAACAGCGAGUCCGGGUCUUGUUCCCCGCCUGUUUCGAGGUGGCUUGUAGUUAUAAUGUUCGUAAAUGCAAGGCCUUGGACACCAUUUACGUCGAUCUUCUGUUUUUGAAGGAUAUGCAAGCAUCUCCAAGGAGCUUCUCGCGCGUCUGCAACUCGUUUUUCUCUAGCAGGUCGGUUACUUCAGUCGCUACCCUAUCGCACUCUGUCGUACGGACUUUGUUAAUCAUGGGGGAGCUGAUAGGUUGACUGUUCACUACGGCAGAGAAGAGAAGAAGGUGCAUCACUGAAGCAAGAAAGAUGGAUUGAGACGUAGAAAUUGCCAGAAGAACGGAUAUGUUGGUCGCGUGGAGGUCGAUUGCUAUAGUGGACUUCCCCUCAGAUUCUACUGUUUGCUGUUGCUUGUGCUGAGCUACUGUCUCACUGCGGCUGUAAGCUGGUCUUAUCUGCCUCCUGACGUUUGUAAGAUCGCUGUGUGGGUAAGUUUGCAGUGUGUGGUUAAGCUUCCACUCUGUUGAUGCUGGUGGGUACCAGCUGUUGGGAAUCUUUGUGAAUAGUCUGAUAUAUUAGCAAUAUGUACAGAGUUUACCUCAAGGAUGUAUUCACUAUAUAUAGAUGGAGAAGCUUCUCUUAAUGAAAUAAUCUCAAUUCUGUU